GGCGGGGUUACUUCUACGAAACUAAAAGGCUCCCCGUGAGCCUUAUAGUUUCUAGAAAUAGGGAGGCAUCAUUGCUCUAUUCUCAGAAAAGUGUUGUACUCACUCGAUUGAUCUGUAAUGUACAAAUCAUGUUAAUAUUAACAUCAAGUGUUGUUAUAUUCCAUGUAGGUGCUGGGUAAGUGUCUAGAUGAGCCAGAACACUAUUGUGAACAUUACACCUACUCAGCAGCUGUAGUUAUGGAUGGGAUCUGCUUUCUGGCAGCAAAUGAUAAUAACAAAGUGAACCUAGUCAAGAAUGACAUUGUGCCAAGACUGAUAACUAUGAUGACAACAGAAAACCUUGCUGAGAAACGGAGUGCAUCUCGAGCUGUUUGGAAGCUAGCAUUUCAUCCAGAUAAUAAGGAAAACUUCAAGAAUAACAAAAAGCUUAUUGAAGUUUUGACAAAUCUUUCCAACGUGGAAACAGAUGCAGCGACACUCAACGCCUGCAAGACAGUCCUGUGGAUGCUCGAUGAAGAUAAUGGUGUCCAGAAGCCUAGAGCAAAGACUGCCAAGAACAGAGACAAGGAUAAAUCAGAAGCUAAUGAGCUUGGAAAGGAGACAGUUUUAGAUAUUGAAUCUCUGAAUGGCGAUGAGUUUGACGUCAAUUCACCCGCUAAGCAUGUGAUGAUCAGCUAUCAAUGGGGUGUACAGACUCAAAUGAUUCGACUCAAACAACACUUGAAGAAAGCUGGGUUUAAUGUCUGGAUGGAUGUGGACAACAUGGGUGGUUCGACUUUAGAGUCAAUGGCAGCUGCAGUUGAACAAUCAGCCGUUGUUCUCAUUUGCUUUACAGAGAAGUACAAAAACAGUCCAAGUUGUCGAACAGAGGCUGAGUACACCUACAAGCUACAGAAACCUUUUAUCCCAUUGCGUCUACAAGAAGACUAUGAUCCUGAUGGCUGGCUUGGUAUUAUGAUCGGAACCAAACUAUGGGUGGAUUUCAGUAUAUCAGAGACUUUGGACGAGAGUCGCAAGAAGUUAAAGCAACUACUUGGAGACAGAGGACGUAUAUGCGAAGAGAAUCAACCUGAUAAUGAUUGCAGCUUGAAUAACCCUGGAGCUCCCGAAUCUGAAGUGAAAAGGUCCAACAAUUUCCAUAGAGCAAGUGUGUCCAUAAAACAACCCAAACCACCUGCAGAUGCUAGGGAAGUAGCCUCAUGGAGUACUUGCCAGGUCAGCUCUUGGCUAGCAGCUCAUGGUCUGAGCGAGUUAAAGAACCGAUUCGAAGGCUACAACGGGCAGAGACUACUAGGCCUCAAGACAAUCGCAACAGAUGCACCAGACUUUUUCUUCACAGAGAUUAAAAAAGACUUUGGAUUCAAGAGCCUCUUGGAUAUCUUGAAAUUCAAGCAAGCUUUGGAUGAGAUUAUUUGAAUGUUUGAUUUGAAGAUCAGUAAUAUUUAUUUAGACUCACAGUGUUGUGUGAUCCUACUUUGAUACACCCACAAAACCAACCAUAGAACAUCUGAAUGAAUACAUGUAUAUAGUUUCUUUGUUCAGCUGUUAAGGCAAAGAAACCAAAUCGUGUACUUAUUUUACAAGGUAUUUUAAGAAACUACUAGUCAGAACCUUGAGAUUUAUAAAUAGAUUUGCUAAGCAAAUGUCAGUUGGGAAUUAAGCAACUGACAUACUCAUCACUAGACUUGUGGACAAGCCUUAAAGGUCCC